GACGGGUGCUGACGAGCGGGGCGUGGCCGGAGGUGGAGGUGGUAGCGUUCGUGGCAUUGGUCGAACAUCGAGACAUCGAGGUGGAAACCGUCUACGAAUCGUCCGGACUGUCAGGAAGGCGACGGCAGCAGCAGCUGCGAGAGGAGGAGAAGAAAGAGACAACGCAAGGAGGAGAAGGAGGUGGCGUGUAGUGGAACGUGGCAGCGGUGGCGUUGGGCAAGUGUCCGCGUCGUUGUUCGGCGACGACGGCGGCGGCGGUAGACCGCACAGUUCAGCACGGAUCGGUAGGAAGGCUCGCCACGUCGGUGGUGGCUUGCCGCCGUCGACGUCGUUGGCGUCGUCGUCGUCGUCCCUCAGCCACGCCGGCGGCGAAUCGGCAGCGAGCACAGCAGCUGCAGCAACGGCAGAAGUGGAAGGCAUCGGUGGCAGGAUGGUGGUAGCGUCGUCUGGGCAUUCAUCGGGCACGGGGGGAGGGAGCCAGCAGCAAUCGAAGGGUAGCGGACAGCCGCCCAAGCUGGCUCAGGUUGCCAGCCCGGGCACCGGCAUGACACCGAAGGAGCUGUCUGACAACGACGAUCUCGCCACCGGGUUGGUGCUCGAUCCGAUUCUUGGCUUCCAGACGCACAAAAUGAGUCUCAAGUACCGACCGCUGAAGGCGAACAAUGACGAAAUCAAAGAAAUCAUCGAGGAGUUCAUUCGGACGCAGAACUACAGCAAAUGCUACCAGCGACUAAUCAGCGGCCACUGGAUGCCCCGGUCGCUGCUGAACAAGAAUAAGCUGGCCCUGAAGCGGCUGGAGGCACACAUUUAUCGCUACCUGCGCGUGUUCGAUCAGCACUCCGGGUUUGUGAUCGAGGCAUGCUACCGCUACUCGCUCGAGGGCCAGAAGGGGGCGAAAAUCUGCUCGACGCGCCGCUGGGCGAAGAACGAGAAGAUCGAGUGCCUGGUCGGGUGCAUCGCCGAGCUGAGCGAGCGUGAGGAGGAGAUGCUGUUGCACCCGGGCAGGAACGACUUCAGCGUGAUGUACAGCUGCCGGAAGAACUGCGCUCAGCUAUGGCUUGGCCCGGCCGCCUACAUCAACCACGAUUGCCGCGCGAACUGCAAGUUCGUGGCGACCGGGCGCGACACGGCCUGCGUGAAGGUGCUGCGCGAUAUCGAGGUUGGUGAGGAGAUCACCUGCUUCUACGGCGAGGACUUCUUCGGCGACAACAACUGCUACUGCGAGUGCGAAACGUGCGAGCGGCGGGGAACGGGCGCAUUCGAGGCCCGGGCCCGGUUGCUGUUCAACGCGGCGGCUGCAGCGGCCAUCGAUGGGGCUGGGAAAGGAACGGUGGAAGGGCUCGGUGGCGUGAACGGUACCAUCGGUGCCGGUGGCUGUGCGGGAGUCGAGUUGAGUGCAGGGUCGGACAGUGCCGGCUACGAUGCGCGGCUUAGCGGUGUGGUGAACGGUGGUGUGGCGAACGGUGGCGUGUCGGUGAUGGGCAGUGUCGUUGGGGUGAACGGUGGCGUGCGGUAUCGGCUGCGUGAAACCGACAAUCGGUUGAAUCGAAUGAAAAGCAAGGGUCAGAGUGGGCUUGUUGGUGCGGUAGAUGGCGGAACGGGCAUGAUCGUGGGCGCACUAGGUCAGGCCAAGACUGCGGUCGGCAAGGAGCCACCGUCCGCGCUUCGCCUACUGACGAUGAAGGAGCUGCGCGAGAAGGGUAUGACCAAGUACGACGCGGAAAUGCUGCUCGCCCAGCAGCCGAAGGCCUCCUACUGCUCGGUAACGACCCCGGCGGUUGGCGGCAGCGAGCAGGCGGCGGAGCUGCCGUCCACGGCUAGCCAGAACCAGCACGGGAGCAACAGCGUCCCGAAGGGUGAUGCACACACGAAACGGGCAACGCGUAACUCCAAGGGAGUUCCGGCCGCAUGUGAUAAAAGUGGAACCAGCAGCAGCAGCAGCAGCAGUAGUAGCGGGAGCAGCAAAGCGAAGCAUCCAAAUAGCAAGGUAGACGAAGGAGCCAAACCGCCGGCAACAGCGCGUCCACUCCGGCGCAAUGUGCUCCGGCGGCACAGCUGUUACGAUGCGCGCGCUAUGCCGGUCGGCAACGUGCCUCGAGGGAAGGCGAGGAAAUCGCGCGAGAAGCAGGACGAGCCGGACCAGAGCCGGCUUGGUGUGGCUGGGCGGACGCGAAGCCGCUCGAAGGACCCGAGCGACGCGUUCUCCGUGUACGACGAGUGCAGCAACCAGUCGUCGUGCGCCUCGAAGAGCAGCUACGAUGCGCCCGGUGGCGCUCGGAAGCUACAGCUACGACGGGCCAGUAUGCACAGCAGCGUUAGCUACGCCAGCGGCCGACGCAGUGUGUUCCGGUUUAACGACGAACCGUUCGACGGUGGGCAGAUGGACGAUGAGGUGGUCGUGGUGCCGGAUGAGCCGGAGGACGUGCUCCGGAAUGACGAUUCAACACUCAACAAAUCAUCCCGAUCAACAUCGGCGUCGUCGCACCGUAAGCAACAAUCAACGACGGCCACGGAGGGGAAGCGCAAGCGUGUCGCGGAAGCGCCACAGCCAGAAGAGAAACGCCCAGCAGGCACCCAGCGGGGCAAAGCUAGCUACGCUAUCGUCACCCGCCGUACGUCACAACGCUACACCACCGCAGCGAGCUCACCGUUGACCGGAACACAUUCGUCGCCGGCGCGGACGGAACCCGAAUGGGCCGAGGACGAAAUUUGUCCACGCGUUACACGCCGCAUGCUGCGCCAGAUGGAGGACACGAGCAGCAACGGUGGCCACGACCAUUCACUGGUAGAUAGCGCCGCUGACGAUGGUGUGCCGUCGCGAAGGACGACGACAAAAACACCCCCACCGGAAGGGUUUUCCGUACCCUCUAACCGCGGCAGCCGGCGGAAGCAGAAGCUACAAACGCGCACCCUCGAGGACGACGAUGAUGACAUCAUCCAGCUGCUCGAUAUCGACUCACCAACCACAACUACCAACACCACCACCACCAACACCACCACUACCACCACCAUCAUCUCCAACAAAAAGGAUCCAAGCGAAGAAGUGGCUGCCGGCAAGCGAGCCCCUCUUCUUCAACAAGCCAGCAGUAGUAUUAGCAUCAGCAGUAGUAGUAGCAGCAGCACUAGCAGUAACAACAGUGAUCCCAACGGUAGGAGAAGUAGACUACGAAAGCAAUCGCAGCCCGUGCCGACGAAACGGUUGCGUGGUGAGGUGAAGCGGACCGAUGGUAGCGAAGCGAAGGGAAAGAAUCAAGUGGACGGACUUAGUAGAGAGAGGACGACCACGGCAGCCACGACGACCACGACGACGGUGGGUGACGAAGACGACGCGAUCGUCAUUCCCGACGACGGUGAUGAUGACGACGAGGAUGAUGUAAUACUAGCCAAGAUGAUUGGUUGUAGAAAAGGUACAAGCCAGCGGUUAGCUGACAGCACGGCACAGGACACGAGCGGCAGCAGUUGCAGGAUGCCGACCCGAUCUGUCCAGGCCGGCCAGGAACCGUCCGGGAUUGGCAGCUCGCCGGUGGUAAUAUCGUCGGCCAGCUCCACUUCCUCCACGAGCCCGGCCAUCGAAUCCCGAACAUCCGGUCGUGCGCAACGAAAAGCUCAAGGUUCCGAGCGAACGAAAACACCACCACCACCACCACCACCCACUGCUACUACCUCUGCCAGUAGUUCCGCCCUUGCCGAGCCCACAACGUCGACGUCGAUGCUGCGCACGCCGGAGCGUCGCCUCAAGCUGACGCUGCGCAUGAAGCGCAGCCCGGUGAUCGACGAGAUCAUCGAAUCGGGCAACAGUCUGAGCGACGGUGGGGCCGAGAAUGGGUCCAGCCCAGGCACCACCUUCCGGCGUGAGUACGAAAUUCUCCGGGUGGAGGGCGUCGAAAGCCUGCACGAGCCGGAAGAUGACCUCAACGAGGCCACGUCGUCCGCGGCACGCCACCGCCAUCGAAAGCAUCUGCUGACGUGUGACAGCAUCAGCAGUAGCGAUAGUGCGCUCGGGCGGGCGAAAACGAAGCUUCUGCUCGACUCGAUCCCCAACGCUGCCCGUGUCGAACACCAGCGGAACGGUGACUCCCAACACCCAAACGGCGACGACGACGACGGCGAAGAUGAGGAGGAAGAGGACGAGGAGGAUACCGACUUGACGUCGUACAGCAGCAGCUGCAGCAGCCGGAUCUCGCAGAAGCGCAAAAAGCGACACAAAUCGUCGAGCAAAGAGGCACGUCGGUUGCGCAAGCAGGCCAAACGGGAGCAUCGUCGUCUGCAGCAGCUUCAGCAGCUUCAGCAACAGCAGCAGCAGGAGCAGGAGUCACAUGGAAAUCGCUGCCCUCCCACGGACACUGCUUCGUCGUCUCCGUCUACCACCAUGAUCGUACCGCCGGCCGUCGACAAGCAACAACAACAACACCUGUUGCUGGCGGGAGAUCAUCUGCCCACGGAAGUGCCGUCGCACUCGGCGGUUCCCGAUGUCAAGCCGCCGGAGGGUACGGAUACCAGCGGGGGAGGAAGUGCCGCAACCGGCAGCACCACGCGCUGCGGCGAGAUUUAUCCGCUCGCCCGGACCGCCUCCUCGUCUUCGUCCUGCUCCUCCACCACCUGCAGUGUUCCGGCCUCGCCAGGAUCGACGUCGUCGUCGGCGUCCGACAAAGGUCCACCGAUGAAGCGCCUACGGUUGAUCUUCGGCAACGAAACGCACACGCGCGACAUUCCACCGAUGUUUGCCAUCUACCAGACGGACGCGUGCACCGUGCCUCCACCGGUGGGGGGUCAAGGAGCCGACAAGGGCCAACAGCAGCGGGCCAGCGUGGUUGCGAUCAACAAUACGCCGGGUGUGAUUGUCAGCCCGGCACGCUCGCAAUCGGGGUCCCAAACGAUGGGACUCCCGAGGUGUUAUCGCCCGAAGUGA